AUGGCUCACACAAGGACCUCUGGGACAUCGGAGUUGACUCAGCUCCUCAGUAUGCUCAAUCCGUUGAUGUGGCAGUCCCAUCUCGGGCUGGACUUGCGAACUUUCCUCAUGAUGCUGAAAGGUGCAUUACCACCGACCAUCGUGAUUGCAAUGCACCAGAGUAGUGCUGUCGCGGACAUUACGACGACCAUUGGCUAUCUUGCAGCUUUAAUGUCCGUCGUGGCUCAAGCGUUAAUGCCUCGCGCGAAGUUCAUGAAGAUAAUGCUUUUCAAUCUCCUAGCAGUGUGCGUGGCUGCAUCUCUCUGCUGUCUCGCAGUUUUCUCCGCCGUGAAAGCGAGAGAACACAGUACGACCCCAGAUGCUAGCGAAAGUCAGAAAACUGGUUACAAUAGCGACGCGUGUGCCGUGUCCGCGAUAUGGUUGAUAGUCAUGAUCUGGGGAGCGAACACUCUUCGAGCAUGGAGACCUAUCGAGCUGCAAGACACAAUGGUUGCUUUCUCUAUCUUUUCCUGCGUCACAUUGACCCGUGGCGGGACAUUCGUAACGGUAGAUGAGGGCUUGGAAUUCAUAGCAAGAUUACUCAAAGGUUUCCUACUUGGUUUUGCAAUUGCCACUGGUGUUUCGCUCUUCAUUCUGCCUAACACCAGCAGAGGAAAUGUCUUCUACGAUAUUCAGAGCUACGUGGCCCAAAUAGAUUCCCUUAUGCAGGCCCAAAUUUCAUUUGUGGAGGGAACCUCCUCGGGUGAAGCAUGGACAGGGAUUCGAGGACUAUUGCAUCGAACACGGACAGCCCGAAGUGUGCGCGAUACGGACAAAUCCAAUUCCGAAUCGAAUCUGGAACAGAAAAAGAGAGGAUUGACAGACACGUUAACAAAAUUGAACGCCUUGCACGGCAAACUGCAGGCCAACCUAUUCUACUCUAAGGACGAAUUUGCUUGGGGCAAACUAUCUGCAGACGAUCUCAAUGACAUCAAUAAUCUUCUUCGGGGUCUUCUGUUACCGCUUUCGGGAAUGGCCAUGUUGCCAGAGAUUUUGGAGAUGAUCGUCAAGAAUGAAAGUCCUCGUGAAGCCGGCAGAGAGCUAUUCGAACCCGCAGAGAAGGAGGCUCUGAAGCUCUCAGAGAUACAGAACGUUGUUGAGACUUUGCAUAGACGGCUGGUGGAUUCCAACCAGCUGAUGAUGGCAGGAUUGCACUAUAUGCUGUUGACGCUAGAACUCAUCCAGCCGAAAAAACUACAGAAGCAGAAAGAGGGCGGGAAAGACGAAGAAUCGCGAGGAGAGGAGCUAAAUCCGUUACAGUCGGACUUUACACCGAGGUUCGAGCACGAGUUGCGUCGGUUCUUCUCGCGUAGAAAAGAGCUUCCGAGGGCAUUGGCCUCACUUGAGGCCUUUUCUAUUUCAGAAAAGGACGAUUACAACGCUUCAACAGAAGGCAGCCAGAGGCAGAUAACGUCCGACUCGGAAGUCAGGCAAGAGUUCUUUCUCAUUCUAUACCUGGAUCAUUUGCAGGAUGACUUCUUGAAGGCGACGCUGGAAUUGAUAAAGUUUGCAAACAGGAAGGUCGUAGAUGGAACGAUGAAGCGGAAUAGAUUGAUUUUUCCGAAACAGAAGACCAUUAAGGAAUGGUUCUCUCUCAAUUCUGAGACAGUCAAGGAAUCGAACGACGGGCGGUCAUCAAACGUCGACCCUCCCUCAAUCCAUGAAGAUGACGCACGCAGGCACUUCCCCGAUCCUGAGCACAUGCCUCCAACGAACCUCUUUGAGAAGGGAAGCAGGAUUUUGCGAUUCAUUUCACGUGCCAUCCGGUCUGAGCAGAGCGUCUUUGGCUUUCGUGUGGCUGCAGCAGCAUUCUCCGUUGGUAUUCUGGCUUAUUUGCAUCAGACACAAAACUUCUUCAUCCGACAACGAUGCAUCUGGGCCAUGAUUGUCAUUGUGAUUGGAAUGAACCCGACAAGUGGGCAGACGAUGUUUGGUUUUGUUGCUCGGAUCGCUGCUACCAUGAUUUCGUUGAUCUUGAGCUUCAUUGUCUGGUACAUUGUCGACGGGAAGACAGCAGGUGUAAUCGUGUUUCUGUAUCUUGCAAAUGUUUUUGAGUACUAUUUCUGGAUCAAAAUGCCUCAGUACUUCGGCGCGGUCAUAGUAUCCAUCGUUACGUUUAAUGUGAUAAUUGGUUACGAACUACAGGUCCGCAAACUCGGUCUUGAAGUAGCAACAUCCAAUGGCCAACCGUACUAUCCCAUCUACCUUUUUGGACCCUACAAACUGGCAGCCGUGGCAGCAGGCUGUGCCAUUUCCUUCUUCUGGGUUAUCUUUCCCUACCCCAUUACCGCCAAAUCACAAUUGCGAAAGGCCCUAGGACGGAGCCUCUUCGUGCUAGCCAAGUUCUACAGCUGCAUGCACGCAACCAUCGAGCUCUGGCUCAAGGAUGAAGUGGGCAACGUGCAAGACAUAGAAUUCGCCUCCUACAAACUCACAACCGCACGGCACCAAGUCUUCAAAGAGGAAAUGAUGCUCCUCAACACCCUCCGCAUGCACAGCCAUUUUACUUCCUUCGAGCCACCCAUCGGCGGCAAAUUCCCCAAAACCGUCUACGACAACAUCAUCGCCGAGAUCCAGCGGAUCCUUACCAGCAUGGCGCUAAUGGCUCACACAACGCAGAAUCUCGACAUCUUGACGCUGGAAAAGGGUAAUGGAAAGAACUCGGAGGAUAAAUGGGUCCGGCAAUUGGCGGCCAUUGCGCUGAAGUCGGCAGACUUCAGAUCACAUUCCACCACCUCUCUGCUCUGUCACUUGUCGGCUUCCGUGAUGAAUGUGCAGCCGCUACCGCCCUACCUGUCCGUGGGGCAGUCGUUUCCUCUGGCGCGACAGCUACAGAAAAUCGACCAGGAACUAUUGAGCAUCAGGCAUGUGGAGGAUCCCGCGUUUUCUGCAUUCGUUGCUCUGGAGGUUCUGAGGUCGGUCGUGAGUUUUAGCCUGAAGGAGUUAUUAAGCAACGUGAAGAGUCUUGUUGGAGAACUGAGUUUCGAUUUUCAUGUACAAUAUACAGGAGAAUACGCGGAAUCGACAAGGUUGAUGUCCGCGAGCAGUGAGGAGUAA